AUGCCACCACGAACCCUCCGAAAGCGCUCACAUAGAGCAAGCUCACGCGAUGCGCAUUCCAAUUCAAAUCCCGAGCCAAACGCAAAUACAAAUACAAAUACAAAUACAAAUGGUUCACCAAAUACAAUGACAAUACGAACCACGACGACAACUACUACUACAAUGAUGGUUGAUAAGGAUGGUGCUGAGGUCGAGGGUAGUAGGAGGGUCAGUGGAGGAAGAACAAGUACUGGUGGAAGAACAAGCACUGGCUCUGGAGAGAAACGGCAAAGAGGAUUGGCGGAAUUUGGUAUUACGAGAAGUCCGCAUCCGCAAGGAAAGAAACACGCGCGUGAGAUUGAGGGAGAAGGGGAAGAAGAGGGACAAGGGGGCGAGGAUUGGAAUACCAUAAACGGUGGAAAUAUGGCGAAUGGAACGAAUGGAAUAACGAUUGGUCCAAUGUGUUCUACCCAAGAUCAAGAGGAUACAAAUACCCCCAAACGCAGAAGAAUCAGCACAACGAGUCGGGUUAAUGGUUCGAUUACUGUUACCGGAACUGGAGAGAUGGAAACACCAAGGGAAAGAACCAGGGAAAGGGAUGUUACAGUCAGCAUGGAGAACUCAUUACCUUCGCCCCCUGCUGAAGCAGGCGACAAUGAGCAUCAUGGAAGUCUGGCUGAGGUUGAUGUUGGAGAAAGAAGUUCACCUUCUGAAAAUAGAAGUGGCGGAAGUACUGGGACGGAGGUGGAUACGGCGAAGAAUGUUGACGAGAAAGAGAAUGAUGAAGAAAAAGAUGAACAAAAGGAAAGAAAUAUCGAUGAAGUUGUUUUUGGAGAUUUAUGCUUCAAGAGUUGGUAUUCGAGUUUUUAUACCCGCGAUGUCAUCGGAAAUGGGAUGAUAGAAAACCAUUCUCAAAGUGUUAGUCAAGGAAGUGGAAAAAGCAGCAAGAGUGGUAAGAGCGGCAAGAGUGGUAAGAGUGGGAAAGGGGGAGACAGAGAUUCGAGAGGACCAAAGGGCUUGCAGGUUGAUAGAUUGUUUGUCUGCAAUUGGUGCUUUGGAUAUACAGUCCAUGGGGGAGAAAUGGCGAAACAUAGAGAAUGUUGUGAGCGCAAAGGAAGAGUGCCUGGAAACUGUGUUUAUGAACAUGAUGAAAACGGGGAAUGGAGUGUUUGGGAAGUGGAUGGAGAGGUUGAGGGUACAUUCUCGCAGUCCCUGUCUCUCUUCGCCAAACUAUUCCUGGACAACAAAUCCGUCCUCUACGAUGUGCAGUCGUUUAAUUAUUUCCUUCUCGUUCAUACCAAUUCCGGUACAAAAGAACAACAAAUCGUAGGGUUCUUCUCAAAAGAAAAGAUGUCAUGGGAUAAUAAUAAUCUAGCCUGUAUUCUUGUUUUCCCUCCAUGGCAAAAGAAGGGAUUGGGAAGUAUUUUGAUAGGCACGAGUUAUGAAAUUAGUAGGAGAGAAGGACUACUUGGAGGACCGGAAAAACCAAUUAGUGAGUUGGGAAAGAAGGGGUAUGGGAGAUUUUGGGGGGCAGAGGUAGCGAGGUGGUUGUUGGAAUGUGAAGUUGGUGUAAAUAAUUUAAUUGGAGAGGACGAGGUAGUGGAUGAGGAAGAAGAGCUUGAUGUCGAGGUGAUUAGAGUGGAAAAGAAACCACCGGCGAAGAAACCAUCGGGGAAGGGAAUGGGAAAGGGCUGGAGAAAGGGUAUGAAGGGUGUGGGCAUGCAACCUCAAACUCUUUCUCAACUGUCCUCUCAGUCGAAGGAAAAUCCAGGACCAGCACCUAAACUAACACCUAAAGCAACAAAAUCAGCGCCAAAAUUACCCGUAACACCGCCCAUGGAAGAUACCUGCGGCGCAACUACCGUGGAAGCUAUUAGUAAAGGCACAUGGAUAGCAGUAGACGAUGUUCUUGGCGUUGUCAGAUCAAUGGGUGUACUUGAAACAGUCGGUGGCUCAAACAGAGAGAAAUCUGGAAAGACGACUGCAAGUACACUAGGAGGAAGAAUUGAGAAAGCGGGGAAGAAAUAUAAAGUCAAAGUAGAUAAAGAAAAAAUCCGCAAGUGGGUAGAGAAAGAAGGAUUGAGUUUGGAGAAGUGUGUAAGGGAAGAGGGGUUUGCAGAUGGUUAUGGAUAUGCGGUUAGUGACGUGAGUGGAGUCAGUGGGGAAGAGAGCUUGAUGGAAAGUAUUGAGGGGAGUGGGGAGGAGGUCGAUGAAGCGGGAGAGGAGGAUGAGAUGGCGUGA